AUGUCGCAUUAUGGAUCCAAACUCGAAAUCGAGGACGAGGAGAACAGGCAACAGAGGAUAUAUAGCCUCCUUGAGCAAUUGAACAGCUCUUCAAGCUCACCAUCCAAGAAUACAUCCAAUGCUGCACCACCAACCUUUGACUUUGGUGAGAGAAAAACCUACGCAGUAGACCCACCCAGCGAACUGCUCGCACGGAUACAAGACUUCCUUCCCCGCCUCAAGGAAGAGAACGACUCGCUUUCCCAACGGAUCCGGGACAACCCAUCGAGCGUGGAUAUCGAAAAUAUCGAAGAGGACACAGAGCAGUAUAUCGAAAUGAACCUCGGACUGGGCGUGUUGGAGACUCGGCUCAGAGAUUCAGACUCUCAUUUAGAUGAUGAGGAUUCCGAGAGCGAAGAUUCAUUGUCAUCGUCGUCUUCCCCUUCAUCAGACUCGUCCUCCUCAGAAUCAGAAUCAGAAUCAGAAUCAGAUGGGUCACACUCAGACAGCAGUUCAGACUCAGACUCUUCAUCGAUUGGCAUAAAAGCUAUCUCUUCCCGCCCACUCAAGCCCCUGCCUCGGCGUACCGCACAGUUUGAUAUUGGCAUGCUUCCCGAUCCACCUUCUGCCGGCCAGACACCGCGAUAA